AUAUUAAUUAUAUAUUAAAAUAAUAAACAGUUUAUAGAAAUUGAAAAUAAAUUCUAAUAAUAAUGAAACAAAUCGAUGUGAAUGAAGAUCAGAUCCUUGUGGUGACCGCCGAAGACUCACUGCCGGAACAGUUCGACACAUCAGACUUACCCACGAGUCUAAUCAUUACAAACAUCGACAGCCGGGUCUUCACCGCCGACGCAGAUGUUCGGGACCACUUCGAGGAGACGUUCAAGAAGUUCGACACUUCGGCCACCUUUCAGUACUUCAAGAGCUUCCGGAGGGUUCGCGUCAACUAUUGCUCAGGCAUGAGUGCCGCACAGGCGAGGAUCAGAUGCCAUCAGAUGAGGAUUGGCGACGAGAUUGUUAACUGCUAUUUCGCCGGG